GGUUAACUGAACGUACAAUCUAAUCAACCUCGUUUAUAAUCUCGAAGCUUGUCAGUCUAGUUGCUGCUGGACACGUGUUAGUUGGCCGACGAAGAAUUAGCUAAGUGAAAAAUUCUAUUCAAGGAGUUUCCACGGACCUGCAGCAUUAAACAUCAAAAUGUCAUAUGGAAACGAAGCGAGCAUCGACUUCAGCAAUUAUGCCAAGGAAAAGAAUGCUCGACUGGUCGAUCUCCGAAGCGACACCAUUUCGAAGCCAUCUAAAGCGAUGAAAAUGGCGAUGAUUAACGCAGAACUUGGGGAUGAUGUAUACGGAGAAGAUCCUACGGUGAAAGCGCUGGAGGAGAAGGCAGCCAAACUGCUUGGGAAAGAAGCCGCGAUUUUCGUCACAUCCGGUACCAUGGGCAAUUUAAUUGCUAUCAUGAUCCACUGUGAUGUAAGAGGCAGCGAAGCCUACUGCAGCGAAGAGUCUCACCCGGUCCUACACGAGCAAGGAGGAGCUGCUCAGUUAGCUGGAGUGACAUUAUGCAGUCUUCGAAGCAACCCCGAUGGAACCUUCUGCCUAAAAAAGCUGAAAUCUAACCUCCGAAGCGACCGUCUGCACGAGCCAAUCUCGAAGCUAGUAAUGGUAGAAAACACAAUAAAUGGCAAAGUGUUACCUCAAUCCUGGAUCGAUGAGUUGAUAAUUUUUGCCAAGAAGCACAGCUUGAAGACUCACAUGGACGGAGCCAGAUUAUGGAAUGCCUCCGUAGCCUCUGGGAUUCCUGCCAGAGAGAUCGUAGCAAAUUUUGACUCGGUCACUUUCUGUUUGAGCAAAGGCCUCGGAGCACCAGUGGGUUCUUUGUUGUGUGGAUCGAAGAGCUUCGUCCAGCAGGCAAGAAGAGUGCGAAAGGUCCUUGGAGGUGGCAUGAGGCAAGUUGGAGUCCUCGCAGCAGCUGGGCUGGUUGCCAUCGAAGAGAUUAUCCCAUUGUUGAAGGAAGACCAUCGAAGAGCCAGACUGAUCGCAGAGGCGGUCCAUGGUCUUGGCUCGAAGCUGUUCUCCGUAGACCUGGACACUACAAAGACUAAUAUGGUCAUGAUUAAAGUCAACGGUGAUGAAAACUCUGUUAAUGCUAUUACUUUUAUAGACAGACUAGAGAGAGUGGAAGAGGAUUGCUUCGAUGAUAAGGUUAUCGUUAGAGGUUUGGCACUUACGCAGGAGCUGGCCAGACUUGUAUUUUACUAUGAGAUUACUGACGAAGACACCGAAGCUGCUAUCAGGAAAAUUAAAUAUGUUAUUAAGAAACUAGAUCCAUCGCUUUCAAAUUUAUGAGGUUAUGAAGUGAUGAUGACUUUAAUAGCAUUCUUUUGUUACCGUCUAACAAACAUUUGAUAUUUAGUAAAUGUUUAUGAUAAUCUCGUCGAUUGCUAUUUUUAUGAAUAGAUUCGGACACUGUAAAAGCAUUGUCCUUAGCAAUUUUUAGUUACAUCCCCAAACCUUCAUUUUGUAAUAAUUAUUAUUACAUACAAUGAAUAAAAGAACGAUAUCUUAA